AACAAUCACUGAUUACUCGGCAAUUCAUUUCACCUCCUCUCCUUCGAAAUUCAAAGACCAGAAAGAAAAAGAAAAUCAGAGCUCCAUUAAUGGCGAAAACAAACAUAAAUCCAAAAUCAGGAUUCAACCCAACAACAAAAAUAUACCACAGCCUCCGUCCAAAAGUAAACCUUCCACCAUUAUCAACACCACUUUCCGUAACCGAAUACACUUUGUCUCUUCUAAAAUCAUCGUGCACCAAUCUAGACACGACCAUCGCAUUAAUCGAUUCCAGUGCUGGUAAUCGGAUUUCUUUUGCUGAGUUACUUCGGCAUGUUGAAAAUCUAGCUGAUUAUUUACAAUACAAAAUCGGUUUAUCUAAAGGUGAUUCAGUUUAUGUGAUUUCAUCACCUUCGCUUAAGAUACCAAUUCUUUAUUUCGCGCUUUUAUCUAUCGGGGUAAUCAUUUCUCCGGCGAAUCCAUUGAGUUCUAAAGGUGAGAUUUCCCGUCAAAUUGAUCUUACUAAACCGGUGAUUGCUUUUGCUACUAAGAAUACUACUGAUAAAAUCCCGUCUUUAAAAUACCAAACGAUUUUACUUGAUUCUCUUGAGUUUGAGUCGGUGUUGGUGAGUGGUUCGGAUGGAAUUGACAAGAAAAUGAAAAAGAAGGUUGAGGUGAAACAGAUUGAUACGGCGGCGAUAUUAUAUUCGUCCGGGACGACGGGGAAAGUGAAAGGUGUUGUGUUGACACACCGGAAUUUUAUUGGGUUGAUAUGUGGGUACAAUGAAAUUAGAUAUCAAACCAAGGAAGUUGAGAAUACGAUGAUUCAACCGGUAGCGUUGUUCACGGUGCCAUUGUUUCAUGUUUUUGGUUUUUUUAUGUUUAUUAAAGCGGCAGCUAUGGCGGAGACUGUUAUUUUAAUGGAGAAGUUUGAUUUUGUUGAGAUGUUGAAAGUUAUCGAGAAGUAUAAAGUUACUUACAUACCUGUAUCACCACCACUUGUUAUUGCAAUGGCGAAAUUAGAUGUGGUUAAGAAAUUUGAUCUUAGUUCACUUCAAGUUGUGGGGUGUGGUGGUGCGCCGCUUGGGAAAGAUGUUUCUGAGAAAUUUACUGCCAGAUUUCCUAAUGUUCUCAUAGUUCAGGGGUAUGGUUUGACGGAGUCAGCGGGAUCAGCAACAAGGAUGAUAGGACCUGAGGAGAGCACACGUUAUGGAUCUGCUGGACUGCUUGCUGAGAACUUAGAAGCUAUGAUAGUUGAUCCUGUUAGCGGGGAAGCUUUGUCUCCUGGCAAGCAAGGAGAGCUAUGGCUUCGAGGUCCAAUCAUCAUGUCAGGCUAUGUAGGAGACAAUGAAGCGACUGCCUCAGCCUUGGAUUCAGAAGGCUGGUUAAAAACUGGUGAUCUUUGUUACUUUGACUCUGAGGGCUAUCUCUUUGUUGUCGAUAGAUUGAAGGAAUUGAUUAAAUAUAAAGCAUACCAGGUUCCUCCAGCUGAGUUGGAGCAUUUACUUCAAUCCCAUCCAGAAAUUGCUGAUGCAGCUGUUAUUCCGUACCCUGAUGAAGAUGCAGGGCAGAUUCCAAUGGCAUAUAUAGUGAGGCAACCUGGAAGUAACCUCAGUGAUGCUCAAGUCAAGGACUUCAUUGCAAAGCAGGUGGCACCUUAUAAAAAGAUAAGAAAAGUAGCUUUCGUCAGUGCAAUCCCAAAAUCUCCUGCAGGAAAAAUCUUAAGGAGGGAACUAGUCAAUCUUUCUCUAACUUCUGCAAAGUUAUGAUCCAUAGUUUAUUGUAGCUGUUGAAGAAGUUGGAAGAAACAUAUUCUUUCUUUGUUUCAGUGUUCCACAUCUAUGAAGGAGCAUGUGAAACAAUCUGUAGAUGUAAUGUUCAACGAACUACUAUUAUGUAUAUGAAUAAGUACACAAUGUAAUAUUUCCUACUUCUACUUUUUUUUUUGAUCGAUUUCCUACUUUUACUCUUGAUGGAGUAGUAUUUCUUACUUCCCGCAGUGUGGGGGGAUUCUUCUGUGUUAAAUGUUGACAUCUAUGUGGUAUACAUGGUUUACUGGCUCCCUUA